AUGAUUCUGAUGAAGAGGAAGAACCCACUGAAGUCACCAAUCAAGUGGUUUUACUCCAAGGACGGCCUGCCGCAGACCAAGGUGACGAUCUACGUCGCCCAUGAUGGUUUCGUCUCCGCUGUCGGCGACUUCGAGUCGGAGGACGACGAGGAUGAUACUGAUUCUGAUGAGGAGGAUGGUGAUGGUGAGGAGGAGGAAGAAGGUGGUGUUGAGGCCAUGGAGAAGAAGUAG